AUGGGGAGCCCGCUCGAGCCUGUGUACGCCCCGCCCUUCACAGAGGAGCAGCUGCGCAAUCCUGGGACCAGCAGGACCGGCGCCGUCGUGCCCUACACGUUUGUCGAGGGCCCCGAUGUUUGGUACUCCGCAGACCAGCUGGCCCGCCAGGACGAGUGGCUGCAUGUGCUCACCGACGAGCAGGUUGCCGAGCUGGAGGCGGCCGUUGAGGGCGCGCUGCAGAGCGGGGUCGCGCAGCUCGACGACACCGGCAAGUACCUCUCGGUGUCGCACGAGGCGACGCACGAGGACUUCCCGCUGCCGACCCUGGGGGUGCUGCUGCUGGACGUGAUUGAGGACGUGAAGCGUGGCCGCGGCUUUGCGCUGCUGCGCGGCGUGCCCGUGCAUCGCUGGACAAGGGUGCAGAGCCUGGUUGCCUACUGGGGUAUUGGCCUUUACUGGGGGAAGACGCAGCCGCAGAAUCAGAAGAGCCACCUGAUCGGGCACGUCAAGGAAGUGGGCAUUGACCCUGACAACGCCAAGGGCACCACCCGUGUAUACAUGACCCGCAGGGAGCAGCCCUGGCACGUGGACACCUCAGACCUCGUGUCCCUGCUGUUCCUCAAGACCGCCAAGUCUGGUGGCCACAGCGGCUGGGCCAGCUCCGCCACAGUGUACAAUGAGAUCCUCAGAACGCGACCCGACCUGGUGCCCGUGCUGGCUGGUACCUGGUACCUUGACAGGAAGAAGGAGGUCCCGCCCGGCAAGAAGCCCUACUUUAUCCAGCCAAUCAUCAACUGGCACGAUGGGCACCUGAGCAUCCAGUAUGCCGACGGCUACUACCAGCUCCCCCCCAAGCUGUACCCUGGGGAGGUGCCCCCGUUGACGCCCCAGCAGGAGGAGGCCAUCCGCGUGUUUAAUGAGAUCGCAGACAGGCCGGACAUCCACAUUCAGAUGGCGCUGCAGCCUGGGGACCUGCAGAUCAUCCAGAACUUCACCAUCCUGCACAACCGCUCGCAAUACGAGGACCAUGAGCACCCCGAUGACAAGCGUCACCUGCUGCGCAUGUGGCUGUCGCCUGAGGACGGGCGGCCCCUGCCUGAGCAUUUUGCGGAGCUGUGGGGCAACAUUGAGCCCGGCAAGCGCGGCGGCGUCGGCUACAAGUUUGAUCCAAAGGACGGCGUGUUCCCUCUGGAGGCAGAGGUUGGGCAGCUCAAGGUGUGA